UGCGUUUGGUAGACUACAGCAGGAUGUCAGGCCACUUCAGUAGCCAUACAGACUUCAUCCGUCAUCGCGGUUAUCGCGUUGCCCAGAUCAACAAGGCAGGGUACGCUGUGGGAGGAGUGAAGAUGGUGCAGGGGCAUGCACGGUAUGCGGUAUCGGAUUACGCGUACCGGGUCGGGGGCUGGUGCAACAGGCCGGCCGUGAGCGCUACACUCCGUACACAUGUCGACUACGACAAGAGGCUCCUGACCCCCAUCACCAUGAAUAUCGACCCCGACUACAAGAAUGUCCGCAAUCAGGAGAAAGAGCAAAUCAAAGUCCUGAACAACCGCUUCGCCUCCUUCAUCGAUAAAAGGGGGCGUAACCUGGAGCAGCAGAACAAGAUGCUGGAGACCAAGUGGAGUCUCCUGCAGGACCAGACAACUUCUCAUUCCAAAAUCGACCAACUAUUUGAGGCCUACAUCAGUAACCUGCGCCACCACCUCGACUGUCUGGGUCAUGACAAGGUCCGUCUGGAGGGAGACCUGCACAAUAUGCAAGAACUGGUGGAGGACUUCAAGAAGAAAUACGAGGAUGAGAUCAACAAGCGCAUUAGCUGUGAGAAUGAAUUUGUGCUCUUGCAGAAGGACUCAGAGGACGCCAAGAUGGCUGCAUGGGAGCUGAAGGCAACACUGGACAAUCUGAAUGAUGAGGUCCACUUCCUCAGGAAGCUCUAUGACUUGGAACUGCAAGAGCUGCAAGCCCAGAUAAAGGACACAUCCGUGGUGGUGGAGAUGGACAACAGCAGGAAUCUAGACAUGGACGCCAUCGUGGCUGAGGUCAAAGCCCAGUAUGAGGACAUCACCAACCGCAGCAAGGCUGAGGCUGAAACCUGGUACAAACAGAAGUAUGAAGAGAUGCAGGUGUCUGUCACUAAGUCCAGCAGUGAAAUGCAAUCCUCCAAAGCUGAGAUUGCUGAGUGCAACCGCAUAAUCACAAGGAUUCAUUCAGAAAUCGACACCAUCAAAGGACAGCGGGAAAAGCUAGAGACACAGAUCGUAGAGGCAGAGGAGUGUGGACAGCGGGCAGUGACAAAGGCCCGUGGCAGCAUCAAGGACCUGGAGGCUGCCCUCCAGCGCACCAAGCAGGACAUGGCAAAACAGGUGCGCGAGUACCAGGAGCUCAUGAAUGUCAAGUUAGCGCUGGACAUCGAGAUCGCCACCUACAGGAAGCUGCUGGAAGGAGAGGAGAGCAGACUGGUACAUGGCUUCCAAGCCAUCGCCAAGCACAGAUCCACAAACUACGCGUUCCCUUUGGAGACCUCGGGCAUGACCCUUGACCUCCACUCCCCAAGCCCGAUGGAAUCUUCGCGCUACAGCCUAGCUCCUCAUCCAUGACCGCAGGGACCUCAAGGGACAUCGGUGAAAGUGUCCCAGUCAAGGGCCCAACAGCAGAGGAGUUGAUAUUAGGGCUGGUUGAUAUGGCUUAAAAAAAAUCUCAGAUUUUUUCACACCAAACCCGAUUUUGUCCUUUUAUCCUAUAUGAGCUGGUAAUUGCAUAGGUUACAAUGUGCGAAUUGUAGGCUGUUUAUUUGGACCUUUUGACCUUUCUGUCUCUAAUAUAUGUUAUACCUUGUCCUCUUUGAAUGGCUGUGUGCAUGAAAUAACCAGUCACAUAACAUAGCCUAAACAAUAGCAAUAUUAUCUGGCUAAUGCAUUUCAUGUCUAGGCCUAGUCUGUUUUCUUUGAUGUGAAGGCCUAUUAGUGAAAAAACUGGCUGUGUCACUACUUGAGUCCCAAAGUUGGAAAAUGUACCAUGUUUCUAUUGUUGCACAUAUAGCUGCCAAAUAUACCCCAUGGUCAACAACCACUUGAAAAAUCAUACCAAGAGUGGGGAACAUGCCAAAUAUACCCCAUGGUCAACAACCACUUGAAAAAUCAUACCAAGAGUGGGGAACAUGCCAAAUAUACCCCAUGGUCAACAACCACUUGAAAAAUCAUACCAAGAAUAGGGAACAUGCUAUGUUGGCAAUCAAAAAUUACUUAUUUGUCUGCCUGAUCCUCAACAGCUGUCUCAAAGUUAUUGGGAGGGUAUUUUGUAAACAUUCUGUUCAUGAAAUUUAAUUGUGGCAUACUGUAUGUUUUACAAUCAGAAAUGAUCAUAUUAUGUCCGAUAGAGAGAGUAGAUUAGCUGGAAACAGCUGUCACGGUUUGCAGGUUUUCACCAGUAUCAAGCACCAACCUUUAAUCACCUUAAUAAUUUACGUAAUAAUUCAUCCAUCUGUUAGCUAUAUAUUUUUCUGAUAAUGAUGAUGAUUAGCCUUUAUUGCCUCCUAAGAUAAAUUAUUUUGUGCAAUCUGGAGACAGAAUAAAGUGGAUGCACACAGGCAGCCAGUGGUGGGUAGUAAUGCGUUACAAGUAACGCAAAUGAGUAAAAAAAGUACUUUUUUCGGGUAACGAAUACUUUCCAAGUUCCUUUUUUAAGGCUGUAAUUUUACUCUUACUCGAGUAAAUAUUUGAACUAGAAUUUGUACUCUUUACUCAGUUACAUUUCCCAUUGGGCCUUCAUUAAAAUGAGCAUUUCGAUAGAAGUAGGCUACACAUAUCUUCGUUGACUAUAACACAAGCAUACAUGUUAGCGACACGCCCUCCCUAGGUUGCAACAUUGUUGCGAUUACACAGCAGAGAAGGGAGUCGGCCGUUAUGUUGGUACUGAGGACUAGAAACGCCAUGGAUGCAGAGAUGAACGUUAGUAGCCUACUACCAAAAGCAGCCCCCACUCCCAUGGUCAACGUCUGGCCACAUCUGCAACACUGUUCCGUCCCAUGCGAAGGAAGGGAGACAACCGUAUAAUGAAAGGAAUGUGUCAGCCUAAGCAUAACAAUAUCAGCCUUCAAAAUGUUGAGGUAUUAUUUUCUAUCAGUGGUUCUCGUAGUGCUACUUAGCGAGCUAGUACUAGCUGUAGGCUAUUCGACUGAAACAAAGGCUAUUUCUUGACAUAACUCAGGGGUCUCCAAAAAUGGUGCCCGCGGGAGAAUAGUUAUUAUACAAUGCGUGAACAAAACAGGCAUGA